CAGUUCGCCUGUUUUUCCACCGCGAUGAAGAAUCUUUCCACCACUUCCCCCACCGUUGAUACCGCCGCCGCCGCCGCCGCCGCCGACCUGAAAACCUUAAUCCAUGACCACGAUCAGUUCUUCGACAAGCUAAUCGAAUUGAUCCCUGCAAAAUUCUACCUUCCCACCGACGAAGAUUCAAAACCCUGGUUCCAAGGCCUCAGUAAAGGUAAAAAGGCCUCCCUUAAACAACAAACACGAGAAAACAUCAAGAAAUCCCGCCGCGAUCGCCUCGACCCCGAGAAAGCACAAACAACAACCCUAGAUCUCCUAAAAAAGAUCGUCAGUAGGAAUGAGGAUUCGGAUGAAGAACAGGAGGAAAUUGAAAUUAUAGUGAAGCCGGUUAACAAGUCUGUUAGUUAUGAGGAAUUACGGCGAAGAUUGCAUUCAUGGAAGGCUGCGACUGAAAAGGCAAUGGAGGUGAAGGUCCAUGAUGAUCCAAUGCUUUUGAAGAGUGCAGGGAAAUGGAAAGAGAGGGAAGAGAUUCUUUCCACCACUUCCGCCGCCGAUACCGCCGCCGACCUGAAACGGAAGAGGGAAGAUUACGAUAAAAGUGGCGGCGGCGGCGGUUCUGGUAGUGGUAAGGAGAAUUUUGAGGCUGAUUUUGAAUUCGGGAAAGUGAAAUUGGGAGAUGAAGACGGGAGUAAGAAGAAGGGGAAGAAGGGUUCGAAAGUAAAGGAGUUGGAGAAAGCAAAGAAGUUGAAGGAGGCUAAGAAAGAAGAUGUGGUGGUGGCAAAAAAGCAUUCAUGGAAGGCUGCAACUGAAAAGGCAAUGGGGGUGAAGGUCCAUGAUGAUCCAAAGCUUUUGAAGAGGAGCUUGCAGAAGGAGAAGAAGAGGCGUGARAAGAGUGCAGGGAAAUGGAAAGAGAGGGAAGAGACUGUGGAGAAGAUGAGGGAGGAGAAGCAAGCAAAGAGAAGAGGGAACGUAGAGGAGAGAGCCAGCCAGAAGAAGAUGAGAAAGAUUGCAAAGAGGGAGAAGAAGCUCAUGAGGCCUGGAUUCAAAGGGAGAAAAGAUUUGUAUAAAGCAUAACUUUGUUCUUUUGUAUGAUGAUA